CCAGGGCAGGAAAGACGAGAGAGCCCUAGCUUUUUGUCUGCUGCCGCUGCCAACAUCCCGGCCGAGCCACCUCCUCUCGGCCACUAACGCAAGGCGGCGCGACUUCCCGCUGCCGUUGUCGCAGGCCAAGAUGUCUCCUCGCGUUGGACACAAGCGGCCAAAGACAUUAGAGAAGUGCAAAAUUAUGAAGCAUUCUAGAAAGAAGCUUCUUGGUGAUAAACCAAAGGAUGGUCCUUUGCCAUCUUCCACAGGACAUUCUCUUGACAAACCUUUAAGUGAUGUUGGUCUAGAGGACGACACCAAGGAUGCAUCAGUAUUUGACAACUUGUUGAAAAUAUUGGGAUCCAACAGCAAGAAACUUGCCUCUAUAUACAGGAAGAGGCAAAGAGAACAAGAGGGUAGAAGUGAUACCGAGGAAGAAGAUGAUAGUCGAUCUCAAUCUUCUAGUUUACCUGAUGGGGCGGAUACUGGUGCAGGAUCUGGUACCGAGUCUAGUUCAGAGGCAGCUGAAGGAGAUGAUGUACAAGAUGCUGUUGUCAAUCACUAUCAUAUAGAUGAAGAUGGAGAUGAGGAUGCAACAUCUGAUGCCAAUGAUUUUCAGGACAUGGAAAAUGAAUACAGGAUAGAUGGUGAAGCGGCAUGUACAAGCUCUUUUCAUGGUCAUUUGGGGCAUGAUCUUACAAAUGAAGAGGUUGAGAAGUUGCUGAAAAAGCAGUGGAAAUUUAAGUGGGAGAUGCCUGCUACUGAGAUGCCAAUGUCCAAAUGGGUUGGAACUGGAGACGCUAUGACAAUGGACACUAGCACCGAUCUAGUGUAUGGGCUUAAGCAGAAGCUGUAUAACAAUUGGCUGAGCAUCUGUAAGAGUUCUGGAUCAAGUGACUUUGGUUCAUCUAGGCAGAAAUUCUUCUCCCUCUGCCAUACCUAUCGAGAUAUACUGCACUGCAACAAGAAGCCAUUUUAUCUCAAAGGCAACGAAGAGGAUUCAAGUAUCAUGGAUGCAUAUAUUAUUCAUGCUUUGAAUCAUGUUUAUUGGACUAGAGAUCUUGUCAUUAAGAAUGAUGCAAAGCUGACCAAGCAACAGGAAGAUAAGAAGGAAGAGAUUCUUUCUGGUGGCACAUACCUGGAUCAAGGUUUCACUCGUCCUAAGGUUAUGUUCUUACUGCCACUUGGGAGCAUUGCGAUGCGUGUUGUGAAGAGGUUAAUUGAACUUACUCCACUAGCGAACAAAGCUAAUGUGGAGCACAUAAAUCGUUUUACCGAAGAGUUUGGAGCUGUUGAUGAAGAAGAUGAAGGGGAAGCUGAGAAUUCAAAAUCUCAGAAGCCUACAAAACCUUCAGACUUUCAAGCUUUGUUUGGUGGAAACAAUAACGAUCACUUUAUGCUAGGCAUCAAAUUGACAAAGCGAAGCAUAAAAUUGUACAGUGACUUCUAUUCUUCAGAUAUCAUUGUUGCAUCUCCUCUGGGACUUAUAACUAAAAUUGGGGAGGCUGAGGUUGAUAAAGAAAAGGAUGUUGAUUAUUUGUCAUCGAUAGAGGUGUUGAUCAUUGAUCAUGCUGAUGUGAUAUCAAUGCAGAACUGGUCUCAUGUGAAUACUGCCGUGGAACAAUUGAACCGUAUACCAUCCAAGCAACACGGAACUGAUAUAAUGCGUAUAAGGCAGUGGUAUCUGGAUGGGCAUGCACGCUUUUAUCGACAAACAAUACUCUUGACUUCUUUUGUUAAUCCAGAGAUGAAUGCUUUAUUUAAUCGAUCUUGUCUGAAUUACAAGGGGAAGGUUAAGUUAAUAAGCCAAUACAAAGGUGUUCUUCCUAAGAUAUUGCUACCAGUACGGCAGGUUUAUGAACGAUUUGAUGCUAAGUCAGUUAUGGAUGCUGAUGAUGCUCGCCUUGAUUAUUUCUGUAAGAAGGUAUUUCCUAAAUUGAAGGAUUCAAUCGAGGGUGGAACACUGCUAUUCGUGAGUUCUUAUUUUGAAUUUGUGCGUAUAAGGAACUUCUUAAAGUCUCAGAAUGCUUCUUUCUGUUUACUUGGAGAGUACACAAAGCCAAGUGAUAUAUCCCGUGCACGGGUUUGGUUUUUUGAAGGCAAGCGGAAGAUCAUGCUUUAUACUGAAAGGGCUCAUUUUUAUCACCGAUAUAAGAUUCGUGGAAUACAGAAUAUAAUUAUCUACUCUCUACCAGAAAGAAAGGAAUUCUACCCUGAGAUAAUCAAUAUGCUGGAUGAAUCCAAGAACAUGAUGUGCAGCAUACUUUUCUCUCGUUUUGAUCAAUUCAAGCUAGAAAGGAUCGUGGGAACUGUUGCUGCGAAGAAGAUGUCGUCUUCCGAGAAGGGCAUCUUUGUCUUUUGCUGAACCACUGUUGCUGCUUAAGCUUUCUGUGGACAUACAGACAUGCCUCUCCAUAUAUAAUUAUGGGGUCCAGUUUUGGUAGCUGCAUUAUACAUUGUGUAGGUUUCUUUUUCGCAUAGCGUUGUUCAGCAACGGUUUGUGCGGGGAAUGCAAUUGGCUGGUUUUCAUUAUUGGAUUUAAAGUUUAAUUUGCAUGCU